GCCUUUGAACUCCAUCAGGUGACCAAGAAGUCCAUCAGCCCAGCAGCUCAAAGUGUGGAAAUUGAUGUGUUCUCUGAAGACGACAUAUGUUUGUCAGAAAAGGAUCCCCAAAAGAAGUGUGAUACUACCAGUGUGCUCUCAGAAUGUAGCACCAUCGAUCCACAGGAUCCCUUUGGGCGGGUGCCUGAAAUGAUUCCCAAAAAAGAACCAGAGAGAUGUUUUCCCAAAGGCCUGGGUCACUGCUUUCCAUGCUGUGCCAUGGACAAGAGAAAGUCCCCCUGGAUCAUUUGGUGGAACCUGCGGAAAACUUGCUACCAAAUAGUGAAACACAGCUGGUUUGAGAGCUUUAUUAUCUUUGUGAUUCUCCUGAGCAGUGGGGCACUGGUAUUUGAAGAUGUUCACCUUGAGAAACGACCCAAUAUCCAAGCAUUACUUAAUUGUACUGACCAUAUUUUCACAUACAUUUUUAUCCUGGAGAUUGGUCUAAAAUGGGUGGCCUUUGGAUUUGGGAAGUAUUUCACCAGUGUCUGGUGCUGGCUUGAUUUCAUCAUUGUGAUUGUCUCUGUGACCAGUCUCAUUGACUUAAAGAGCUUGAAGUCCUUCCGGACCCUAAGAGCCCUGAGGCCCCUGCGAGCAUUGUCUCAGUUCGAGGGAAUGAAGGUGGUAGUCAAUGCUCUCAUAGGUGCCAUACCUGCCAUUCUGAAUGUUUUGCUUGUCUGCCUCAUUUUCUGGCUGAUAUUUUGUAUCCUGGGAGUAAACUUCUUCUCUGGAAAUUUUGGAAGAUGCGUUAAUAGAACAGAUAUAAACUCAGUUAUAAAUUACAGCACUGUUGCAAGCAAAACUGAAUGUGAAGGUGGAAAUUUAUCUUGGGUCACCCUUCCAGUCAACUUUGACAAUGUGGGAAUGGCUUACCUUGCCCUGCUGCAAGUGGCAACAUUUAAGGGCUGGAUGGAUAUUAUGUAUGCAGCUGUCGAUUCCAGAGGGAAAGAUCUACAGCCAGGGUUUGAGGAGAAACCAGAAAACUACCUUUUCUUCGUGGCUUUUAUCAUCUUUGGUUCAUUCUUUACACUGAAUCUUUUUAUUGGUGUUAUUAUUGACAACUUCAACCAACAGCAGAAAAAGAUAAGUGGUGAAGACAUUUUUAUGACAGAAGAACAGAAGAAAUACUAUAAUGCAAUGAAAAAAUUAGGAUCCAAAAAACCUCAAAAGCCCAUUCCAAGACCUCUGAAUAAAUGCCAGGGUCUCGUGUUUGACCUAGUCACAAGCCAGGUCUUUGACAUCAUCAUCAUCAUCCUCAUUUUCCUCAACAUGCUUAGCAUGAUGGCUGAAUCAGAUGACCAGUCUGAAGCCACGAAACUCGUCCUUGAGCGUCUCAACCUGGCCUUUGUGGUCAUCUUUACAAUUGAGUGUCUCACCAAAAUCUUUGCUUUGAGGCAAUACUACUUCACCAUUGGCUGGAAUUUAUUUGAUUGUGUGAUUGUGGUUCUUUCUAUUGUUAGUACAAUGGUUUCUGCCUUGGAGAACCAGGAGCACAUUCCCUUCCCUCCAACACUCUUCAGGAUUGUCCGCUUGGCUCGGAUUGGUCGGAUCCUGAGACUUGUUCGGGCAGCACGAGGAAUUAGGACUCUCCUUUUCGCUCUGAUGAUGUCUCUUCCCUCUCUAUUCAACAUCGGUCUUCUACUUUUUCUGGUUAUGUUUAUUUAUGCCAUUUUUGGUAUGAGCUCUUUUUGCAGAGUGAAAGAGGAGCAUGGAAUUGAUGACAUAUUCAACUUCAAAACUUUUGUCGGCAGCAUACUCUGUCUCUUCCAGAUCACCACCUCAGCAGGCUGGGAUGCCCUCCUCAAGCCCAUGCUGCAAUCAAAGGAUUCAUGCAACCCCAACUUAGACAGCCGUCACCUCCCUGCCAUAGCCAUCACCUACUUCGUCAGUUACAUCAUCAUCUCCUUUCUCAUUGUUGUCAACAUGUACAUUGCUGUGAUUUUAGAGAACUUUAACACAGCCACUGAAGAAAGUGAGGAUCCUUUGGGUGAAGAUGACUUUGAUAUAUUCUAUGAAGUCUGGGAAAAGUUUGACCCAGAAGCAACACAGUUCAUCAAAUAUUCUGCCCUUUCUGACUUUGCCGAUGCCCUUCCUGAGCCUUUGCGCGUGGCAAAGCCCAAUAAAUUUCAAUUUCUCAUGAUGGACUUGCCCAUGGUGAGUGGAGAUCGUCUCCACUGCCUGGAUAUUCUCUUCGCAUUUACCACUAGGGUACUUGGUGACUCCGGUGGCCUGGACAGCAUGAAAGUGAUGAUGGAGGAGAAGUUCAUGGAAGCCAACCCUUCCAAGAAGUUAUAUGAACCCAUAGUCACCACCACCAAGAGGAAGGAAGAGGAAAGAUGUGCUGCUGUUAUUCAAAAGGCCUUUCGAAAAUACAGGCUGAAGAUGUCCACAUGUGCCUUGGAAGACAGGCCCCGUUCACCACUCCACACACUCUGCAAUGGAGACCUGUCCAGCUCUGGGGUGGCCGAGGGCAAAGUCCACUAUGACUGAGCCCCUACUUCCACUCCUACCUCACAGCCUCACAACCUGGCCUCUGGCAUCUGAGCUCCAGGGGUCCACAGCUCAGUGUGUGAACAAGCAGUUGACUCCCUGAACUAGCCAUCCCAUUUUUUUCUGCCUAAAAGAAGUGAUAUUUCAAUGUUUAUUUCAAACAGGUCACAGGGAUAGAAGAUAAGGCUGUCUAUGAAUCACUGGUGCUGUUUUAGCAAGGAAAAAGACACUCGAAGGGCUAUAAAGGACACACUAAUGUCAGGAUUGAAACACAGUUCAAAUCAUGU